UGUCCGUUAUCAGUUUAUCAGUACCACCCAGAAGCUCUCAGGACACCAAAGAACCACCAUGUCUUUAGUAACAGAGGAGCUGAAGGCGAAAGCUGAGGUGUACCAUGGAGGCCAAGUUUGCAAAGAGAGGUUCUCAUUGUUGCUGGCUGAGAUGGGGCUACCAGAUGGGCUCUUGACGACGACGUUUCAGCAGGAGGAGGAGAACAAUAUCAUCCAGGAAUGUGGCUUCGUGAAGGAGAUAGGGUUCGUUUGGCUGAAGCUUAGGGAGAAGAAAGAGCACAGGUUCGACAACAUCCUCGUAUGCUUCGACACCGAGGUUACGGCAUUCUUGGAGCCAAACAAGAUCAAGAAUCUGAGAGGGGUCAAAGCUAGGGACUUCCUGGUUUGGUUCACCUUGAUCGAGAUUUAUGUCAGAGACCCUCCUCCUCCACAAGGCUCUGUCAUUACCUUCAGGUCUCUGCUUGGCUUGUCCACGUCUUUCCCUCUGUCUCUCUUCAAAUCAGACAGGGAAGAAGAAGAAGCAUCUCCGGGAGAAGCAAGGAUGGUGGAGAAAUGGUGGAAAACGAUCAAACUGUAAAUUGAUUAGGUAAAAAUCAAAGGAGGAAAAAUAAAGGGAUUAUUAUUGUUAUUA